AUGGUCACAGAGAAGCGAGUUGCCGACGUGACUGCUUCAAAAGGGGAUGGCCGAAAAAGUGUGAAGAUUGAGGAGUGUCCCACGUACAGUCAUUCGUCUGGUGAGUAAACGAGAUAUUUGGAUACAUACAUGUGUUCAAAUACUGUGUGCCACUUUGCGAGUUGUCCCCUCUCCGCUUCCAUUUUACAGACGUGGUUGUUUCUUUUAAAUCGGACUGUUUCCGGCUCAAAAGUUCAGAAUCAUCACCGCUGAUAUGGCUGGCGGCCGUUUGUCGGUCAACCAGUUCCUUUUGCAAGCAGCGAGAGAGAGAACACUGUAAAUGCGGUGAUUGUGUCACUAUGAAUCAAAUCUCGCUCCGUUUCUAAAAGGCUCGCAAAGAUUGAUGGCUGUUAUUUCUAGAUUGCAAUCGCGCAAAGGCCGUCCUGUCGAGACCGAAUUAGUGUGAAAAGAGAAAUAGAUGACUUUUUAGCAUCCGGUUCCGCCCUCUGAACCUCAUCGUUCUAUUUCAGGUUCGUCGGUCAACGAAAUGGUCAACCAGAGUGGCGAUUCGGAAGACUCGUCUCCAAGGGCCGGAUGUCGGACAAGAAGGAGAACGAUGAGUGGAGGGCGUGCCGAACAUCAUUUGCUUACUACGAAGACCGGAAAGGUACACGAACACUCAUUUUCAGAUGAAUUUUGUUCUUUUUCAGAAGAUAUAUACGAAGGGACGUCCGCCAUGGUACGACAAGAAGGGAAAGUCGCUGAAACAUCCAUUCGUGAUUGGAGUGUGCGGAGGAUCGGCGAGUGGGAAAACGACUGUUGCCGAGAAAAUCGUCGAAAGACUCGGAAUACCCUGGGUCACUAUUUUGUCGAUGGACAGCUUUUACAAGGUUCUGACUCCGGAUGAGAUCAAGGAAGCCAACGAGUCGAGGUACAACUUCGACGAGCCCAAAGCAUUUGAUUUCGAUCUGCUUUACGAAGUUCUGAAAAGACUCCGCGAGGGAAAAAGCGUUGAAGUUCCUGUCUACGAUUUCAACACGCACUCGAGAGACCCGAAUCCCAAGGUUUGUCACAAUGAUGCAAAAAGAGACGCACUGUUUGCCUUCUCAGAUGAUGUAUGGUGCCGACGUUCUGAUCUUCGAAGGGAUUCUGGCGUUCCACGAGGAGCGAAUCAAGGAUCUGAUGGACAUGAAAGUGUUCGUCGACACUGACGGAGAUCUGCGACUCGCCCGUCGUAUAAUGCGCGAUGUUAACGAUCGUGGACGUGACAUCGACGGCGUCAUGGAGCAGUACUUUACGUUCGUAAAAGUGAGAACUCCAUGACUAUUGUUGCGUCUAGUAGCCAUUCGAGUUGCAGCCAGCGUUCGACAAGUACAUUGCACCGUGCAUGGACUCGGCCGAUCUCAUCGUUCCACGUGGCGGAGAGAACGACGUCGCCAUUGACAUGAUCGUGCAGAACGUAAUGGCUCAGCUCGUCGAACGUGGCUACGAUCGAAACCAGAACAAUCGUGAUAGACACGAUCUGGUGCGCGACGAUCUCCCCGACUGUUUGCCAGAGAAUCUGUUCAUUUUGAACGAAACUCCGCAAGUCAAGGGUCUGGUCACGUUUGUCCGUGACCGAGAGACGAGUCGGGAUAAUCACAUCUUCUAUUCUGAUCGUUUGAUGCGGAUUCUCAUCGAAGAAUGCAUGAAUCACAUGCCGUACAAAGAUAUGGAGAUCGAAUUGGCAGGAGGGAGGAAGUAGGGAAAUUCAGAAUAAGGAAUUAUUAGUCAUUCGUUGAUAAACUUUCAGAACGAUGGGGAAACGAAAGGACGCUCAAAUCUGCGGUCUUCCGAUCAUGCGAGCUGGCGAAUGCAUGGAAAAUGCUCUUCGUUCAAUCAUCAAGGAUUGCGUCAUCGGGAAGAUUCUGAUUCAGACAAAUGAGUCGACUUUCGAUCCGGAGUUGCAUUACAUCCGACUUCCGCCUCACAUCACCAGGUACAAAGUGAUCAUCAUGGAUGCGACAGUCACAACAGGUGAGAAUAACUAAAAAGAACGGGGAUAACCAGGAUGUAUGCUCAGGGAGUGCGGCGAUGAUGGCAAUCCGAGUGCUUCUGGAUCACGACGUUAAGGAAGAGGACAUAUUCGUCGCUUCUUUACUAAUGGGACAACAGGGAGCUCACGCUCUCGCCUACGCCUUCCCGAAGGUAUUGUAGAAUUAAAUUCCUAUGGACUCUAACUGGUGUUUCUUCAGGUGAAGCUCAUAACGACGGCAAUGGAUCAUCAGAUGACGGAGAACUGCUAUCUGAUUCCCGGAAUGGGCAACUUCGGCGACCGCUACUACGGCACCGGAAUCGACCAAGACCUCGACGAGCCUUUCGACGUCUGA